AUGGCGGAGAUGGCAAGCGCGCAGCUCAUGGAGGAGGAGCUUCAACACAGCGUCAUGGUCUCCGAGGAGGAUGGCGAUUUCGAGGUGGAUGGAGCUGCAGGAUCGACCGCCACAGAUAAGGCUGACACAGUCGCGUCAAGCACGGAGAUCAAUGUUCGCGGGGAUGAUGACGGACCCGAGGACCAGGAUAUGGAUGGUGAGGGCGCGUCCGAGGACCUUGAAGAGGAGGGAUCUGGAGCGAAUCUCCAGGAAUCAUCUCAGAACGGGUCUGCCCAAGAAAGCCAAGACAUGGAAAUCGAGGAUGGUGCCGAAGAUGAGGAUGCUGAGGGCGAAGAUGAUGAUGGCGCGUAUGAACAAGAUGCCGAAGGAGAAGAAGACGAAGAAGACAUGACAGUUCAACCCGCCAUAUCACACGGCAACGCCCUGGAAACGCCGGAUGAUGCAGAUCAGGAUGCCGAAGGCGACGAGGACGAUGAGGGAGUCGGGGCUGUCAAAAUCAGACCCGGCGAGGAUGAUGAAGAAGAGGAAGAGGAGGACGAAGAUGAAGGUAGUGAAGCCAGCGCAGGCUCUGAGGCAGAUGCGCAAAGCGCCAGCGACGAAGAAUCAGAGGGGGAGGAAGCCUGGGAGGAUAACGCCGAAAAUGAAGAAGACGACGAGGAAGAAGAGAAUGUCAAUUCGAAUGUCUGCAUGUUCUGCAAACAAGACGAGGAGAACGACCCCAGUGAAGAGUUCGAAACCUUUCUUGCCUGUAAAGGGUGUGGUGAAAAUGCACACCAGCAAUGCGCCCGAGAGAAUGACGCCAUUGAUCAAAGAAACGGCCCCGAGAAAUGGAAAUGCCCAGAAUGCUACGACGCCGAGCGUGAAGAUGCUCUGCUCGAAGAGGGUGAGGGCGAGGAUGCCGAAGGCGAGGAGCAAGAGGGUGAAGGUGACGAAAAUACGUCACCAAGUAGUAGGAUAUCAAAUGGACGACUUGGCCGAGAACUUCUGCCGGCCCCAAAGCCAAAGCCGGAUUCGCACUCUGUCUUCAACCAGCUCGUGCUUGACGAAGAUCCCAUGGACGGUUCUCGUGUGCUUAGGAAACGCAAGACCUCCUCUGCGGAGGUCGAUGAGGAAGUCAUGUCUUUGCGGAAACGCAGGAAAGACACGGGCGAUGAGAUGAGUGUGGAUGGGGAGACCGAUGGGGAGGAGACGCCCCGACCGCGGUCGUCGAGGUCUCUACGGCAGAAAGCUACGAACACCCCCUCUUCUGCUUCGAUCACGAAGAAGACCCGCAACAGUCUAGUGGUUAAGGCGACACUAAACGCUGCGGAGCUUAAGAAGAUCACUUCGCAGAAGCCGAAGGGCGCUCUUAAGCCGGCCAACAAAGCAAGCACCUCAAGAUCAUCGCGGCCGGGCACGUCGCGAAGUUCAGUUCACGUUGGCGUACCCCUGACGGCACCCUUCGUCUCAACGAAUUUCACGCAACCGUUCUAUUCUUUCUUUGACAAAGAUACAGACGAGCUCAAGGGCAAACCCUACGGCGGUAUUCUGACAGAGGCAGAGGCGGACACGUCCAAGACACUUCCCACAAGUGAAGAUCGCCGUCGCUUCGACGAGGCGAAGCAAAAGGCUGAGGAAGAAUGGCGGGAGCGGCUUCUCAGGAUGCAAGAGGAGAACGAGCUUCCGGUCAAGAAAGCGAAAAAGGCAUCUGGCCCAGCUAGCCAGAUCGAGUGCAUCGAAUUCGGCGGGUGGGAGAUCGACACUUGGUACGCAGCUCCGUACCCGGAAGAAUAUAGCAGAAACCGGGUUCUCUACAUCUGCGAGUUCUGCCUCAAGUACAUGAACUCGGACUACGUCGCAUGGCGGCACAAACUCAAGUGCCCCGCCAAGCACCCUCCUGGAGACGAAAUAUAUCGGCAUGGCUCUGUGUCGGUCUUUGAAGUCGACGGCCGCAAAAACCCAGUCUACUGUCAGAACCUUUGUCUUUUGGCAAAGCUCUUUCUGGGCUCCAAGACACUCUACUACGACGUGGAGCCUUUCCUCUUCUACGUCCUUUGCGAGUUCGAUGACCUCGGCUACCACUUUGUCGGGUACUUCUCCAAAGAGAAGAGAGCAAGCAGCCAGAACAACGUCAGCUGUAUCCUGACUUUGCCCAUCCAUCAGCGAAAAGGCUAUGGCAACCUCCUCAUCGACUUUUCCUACCUGCUCACUCGAGUGGAACAGAAGACGGGAUCGCCCGAGAAGCCUCUCUCAGACAUGGGUCUUGUCUCGUAUAGAAACUAUUGGAGGCUGGUUCUUAGUCGCUACCUGCUGAAGCACGUUCCCGAGGACAGGUUUGAGCCCAAGGGACUGAGCAUCAAGCAGAUCUCCGACGAUACAGGCCUGACACCGGACGAUGUGAUUUCGGCACUUGAGGGUCUGAGGUGUCUCGUUCGAGAUCCACCGACGGGCGUCUAUGCAUUCCGGGUCGACUUGGCAUACUGCCAGGAAUAUGUGGCAAAAUGGGAAGCGAAGAAGUACGUCACGCUAAACCCGGCCGCCCUCACCUGGACGCCAUACGUGAUGGGGCGCAACAACGUUGCAAACUUUGAGCUCGGACCAGCCCUCACAGCUAUGGCCUCAGCGGGCGAUGAGGAAGAGCCAAAGCCCACGAACGGUGAGACAUCUGCAGCGCACAAAGCGGUGAACGGAGACGGACCCGCCCCCGGCGAGGUGGUCAAGGCCGAAGUGGAUGUUGAUGCGAACGUCAUGGAGUCUACUGAACCCAACGAAACAUCAGCAGAUACGAACGGGUUGGUGAACGGGGAGGGCCAAGCCAAGCCGGAUGGUGAGCAGGAGCAGAACCACAACGCGGCCGGCGCAGGCUCGGUCGAGCGAUCGCAUUCAAGUGCCAUUUCGAAAAAGGCAGAGGACGAGGACUGGACGAGUGCGUACAAAGCCAUACCGCCAACCCGGUUUGUGGUCUACCCGCCUUUGAAUGCUCGCAGGGUCGACAGGCCCCGGCCCACGCUGGGUUCGGUUGCCACACCCGUCGUGCGUACUAUGAGUGCAUCGCGACCGCGCCCGCGACGUUCAAUAGGCGGUGGCUCGGCCCGGCGUGCCUCGGCGUCGAAGCCCAAGAGCUCCUCCAAGAGGAAAACGGGUGGGACAGGCAGAGGCCCGGGUCGUUGGCCCAAGGGCACCAAGAAGAGCGACUACGGCGGGGCUGACAGCGGUCCCGGCAUGCCCCCGGGCUGGCUCGAGAGUCGCAAACAGGCACAGGCACAGGCUCAACUCAAGAGGGACGAGAAGAAGGCAGAGCGAGAGGACCAGGCGGAAGACACGGUCCAGGUGCAGACAAUAACCACAGCGAACGCUGUGAACGGAAGCCUCCAUUCUGCUGAAGGGGGCGGAGACGUGGUCAUGGCGGAUGGAGAUGGCGACGACGAAUGA